AUGUCAUUGAGUAAAGUCCCCCCACAGGAAGGAAUUGUCCAUACAUAUGGAUUCAACUUGACUGCGUUUGAAUUCACUGGUUAUAGUAAACAAACUACGCCAAACAUUAUCUUAUUCAUUGGUGGAUUAGGCAAUGGGUUAUUGAACGUGCCAUACUUACCUGCUCUUGCCGAGUCAACGCCGACAUUUCGAUCCAGCGAUGGAGAAAGUUGGAAUUUAGUGCAAGUUUUGCUUUCAUCGGCGUAUUUAGGGUUUGGAACAAGUAGUUUAGAAAGAGACUCAACACAGAUACGCAAAGCAAUAGAAUAUUUUCGAUCUGAAACAGGUGGCAGGAGAAACAAGAUUGUGUUGAUGGGUCAUUCAACUGGAUGUCAAAAUUCAUUGCAUUAUUUGGUCAAUGUUAAUAACGCGAAACACACUCCUGAGUCAAGUAAAGUUCAAGGUGCGAUUUUACAAGCUUCGGUAUCCGACUCAGAGGCAUUUUCGAACGACUUGAAAGAAGAGGAAUUGGACGCUUUGUUGAAAGAAGUAGACGAAGUUUACAUUUCCCAGGGGAAACAGUCUCAUAUUCUACCAGAGAAAUUUAGAAGAUUGGUAUUCAAUACCCCAAUCACUGCUUACAGAUUUCAUUCCUUGACAAGCAAACGUGGUGAUGAUGAUUUCUUUUCGUCUUAUUUAACAGAUGACGAUUUCAAAGAGACGUUUGGAAAAAUAACUGUUCCCUUAUUGGUUCUAUACUCGGGCAAUGAUCAAUUCGUUCCCACUUCGGUCAAUAAAACUGCAUUGAUUUCUCGAUUUAAAAAUUCAACCCCAUCUGAAUACUGGAAUCCAAACAGUAAGAUUAUCGAUGGUGCCACACAUGAUUUAGGUGAAGGAUCGCAAGAUGGUGUUGUUGAUGUUUUGAUUGAUUCAAUGACUCAGUACAUCAAUGAUGUGUAA